CAGAGCCCGAGAGGCCGGAGCCAAGAAAAGGAACAGAGGAAGAAGCUAGGAGAACAGAGGAACAGAGCCGCGCCGUGUGGGCGCGCCGGCUGACGGCCUCGUGGAGGAGCUCGGGUACCUGCGCCUGCGCCGGCUGACGGCCGCACGCCGAGACGCGGAUGCCACCGGCCGACCCGUACGCUGGUCGGACCAGCGCGGUGGCAUCGCCUGCCCCGCUCGGGUGGUGCACGGCCAAGAGCGCCCCCUGUGAAUUCGAGUUCGAGUUCAUUUCCAGUUCAGCCGGCGACAGCUGGUAAUUCGAGUCCGGCAAGAACCAGGAGCUCUCCGAUGAAUAAAAGCGCUUGCGGUGGGGGCAGUGGCUCCAACUGGAUUCGUUCGCCUCCCUCCCCGAUCCCCAGAUCCAAUCCAGGACACGCCAUCGAUGGCGGCGAAGGUGCUCCAGCUCCGUAGCUCCGACGGCAAGGUGCUCGUCGCUCCGGCGUGGGACUAUCGCCCGGCCGCCGCCCAAGCCCUCCCGCUGGAGACGCGGGUGUCCUCGCGCGCCCUCGAGAGGGUGCUCCAGUACUGGACCAAGCACAGGCUUGCCAAGGCCACCGGUGAGUCCCGGGAGUCCCUCGCCCGCUGGGACGCCGACUUCCAGCGCCGUCUCGAGGAAGACGGCCUCGCCAAGGAGGCCGCCGCAGCCGCCCAAGAACUCCGCCGCUACGGCGUCGACCACGGAGGGCGUCCCCAUCGCCACGCGGCCGCAUCUGAUGUCGCUGCUCCUGCCAAGGCGGCCCGUGCUGAUCCCGUCCGUGUCUGGUGUGUCAACCACGGAGAACGCAGCCAUGCGCCGGCGAUGCCCGGCUCCUUCGAUGCCACUGAUAUUGCCUCCGCCGCGCGCCCUGGGCCUGCCACCACCUUGCCGGCUGCUGCUGGUGCUGACCCCGUGGAUGCCCGGUGCGCGAUCCGUGCCCGUGGACGCCAGAUGGCUGAAGACGAGGAGCUCGCUUGCCACCACCGCAAGCGCCCGGCUUCCAAGGCUCCACUCUGCCUGCCUGCCACUGCUGUUGCGCCCGUGAAGAAGGUCUCUUGUCCCGUCGCUUCCAAGGCUCGCUCUUUCGUCGGCUCUACACCACUGCCUCUCACUGCUGCUGCGCCCGGUGUGAAGAAGGCGACUCCAGCAGCUUCAACUCUGCGCGCAAGAAGGGGGAUGGGGGAGCUCAGCUGCAAGAUUCCCAAGCAAAACCGUGUCGUCGCUGCAGCACCAAGGAAGCAACCAAUUCCUUGGCUGCGUCCAGUGGUAUUACGCCCUUGCUAGUCUUUUAUAGCUUCCUAAACCAUGCACACAUGAGUUUCAUUUAAUCUUUGCAUCUCUAGGUUCUGCACUUAAUCACCAAGAUUUCUAGUGUCCUUUGAAUCCCUUUCAGUCACUAGUAAUUUUACAAGAGUGUCAGCAGAGUCUCCAUCUAGCUAGGCAGCAAAAACCUUGUUAAGAUGUGUACGGCAUAGUUACACUACAUCCACACCUGGUCCUAAGUUAAGGGUUUAAGUAAAUAAAGGGCAUUUUCAAUAAAUCAAACUAAAGCAGAUGAGCCUAAAAAGGAAACUCAUGUACUGCAAUUCCGGCACGAGACAGAGCGUAAAACGCACUCGCCGCAAAAUCCAAAACGCCUGUUUGCUACCCGGCUUGUAGCAGG